CAAACAAACGUCAAACAGUUACUACACGUGCUGCAAGGAAUCGAAACAGAUCGCAGUAAAUGUUUUGUUAAAAUGUCUCAAUUUAAGCAAACCGACCCUAAAAUAUAUUCAAAAACCGUGACCGUAAAGUCGCCGGACAGCUUUUAUUGGAAAAAGCUAGGGGUACCCACGUUGGUAAAAGAAUUCGGUGCCAUCGAUUACAUCGAUUUCAGUCCUGUGGAACCGUACCUGUUCGCUGUAACAGCGUCGGUUCGCGUGCAGAUUUACAAUCCCAUUACGAAGCUGGUGGUAAAAAACAUAACCAAGUUCCAGGAGGCAGCCUACGGUGGAUCGUUUCGCAAGGAUGGCAAUCUGCUGGUGGCAGGCGACGAGUUGGGUAAAGUUCGAUUGUUUGAUGUGAAUACCCGUACGAUACUGCGAUUCUUCGAAGGCCAUAAAGCGCCAGUACACCGGACGUUCUUCACUGCGGACGGGCACCAUUUGGCGAGCUUUUCUGACGAUCGUACCGUAGGGUACUGGGAUAUUGCGACAGAAAACCAUCUGCAUACAUUUACUGGUCAUGAAGAUUACGUACGGGCAGGUUGCACGAGCCCGAUCAGCCCAAACAUAAUCCUAUCGGGUGGUUACGAUCGUAAAAUUCGCAUGUACGAUGCCCGUGUAAAAGACUGUGUUAUGACGGUGGAUCAUGGACAACCGGUGGAAUCGUUGUUGUUUCUCCCGAGUGGUGGAAUAUUCAUCAGUGCCGGUGGUACAUCAGUGAACGUGUACGAUGCCCUUAGCGGUGGACGCCAGAUGGCACAAUUAUCUCAGCACCACAAAACCGUAACUUGUCUUCAGUUGGCCAGCGAUGGCAAGCGUCUGUUCUCCGGCAGCUUAGACCGUCACGUAAAGGUGUACGAUAUAGCGACAUACCAGGUGGUUCACACAAUCAACAGUUCGAACGCGAUUUUGAGUCUUGGCAUCUCGAAAAACGAUGAAACACUCGUAACGGGCAUGGUGGAUGGCUUGAUCGCCAUAUACCGGCGCGAAGGUGAUCACCGCGAUGUGCACCGGCCGGACAAGAAAGACCAUCGGUAUAUCGUUGAGAACGCAGACCAGACGGUGACGGAAGUUAAAACAACACGUAUUCCGGGGUACGAUCGGAUGCUGCGCAAUUACGAAUACAAGAAAGCAAUCGAUGCAGCAAUGUUGGUCAAUAUACGCUGCAAGUGGCCAGAGACAACUGUUGCCAUAAUUAAGGAACUUAUCCGACGGAAAGGCCUGCACCGUGCGCUCGAUGAUCGGACACCCGAUUUUCUGGUUGAUUUCAUCAAAUUCCUCACACGACACAUCGGUGACUAUCGAUUCACUCCAACGCUGGUCGAUGCUAGCAACAUUCUGCUCGAUGUUUACGAAGAUUCGUUCGAAAAGUUCGCAGGCACUAUAGUGGGCAAGGCGUUCGCAGGGCUUGCGGAAGUGCUACAGACGGAGGAACACCUGAUACAUGAGUUUAUAAAUCUACAGGGCGCACUGGAGAUGAUUUCUGUUGCGGCUGAUACGACGGAACCGGAUAGUGGUGAGGAUGCCAGCACACUGUACGAUGCAUCGAAAAAGGCAAAAAAUCAUACGGUCAUAUCGGUGGAUUGACCCACACGCUAUGAUAGACAGAACAGGUUAAUAUAGAAUGCAUUACUACUACCAUUA